CCUCCUCCUCUCCGUCCUCUCUGUAGUCUCAUUUCGUGUCUCUCUCCAUCAGCAGCGGUCUGGAUGCUUGCAGGGACAGAAACAUGGCUGUGAAUCUCGGCAAGAACAGACUGGCCCUGCUGACCGCCUACCAGGACGUCAUUGACGAGACCUCGGACACCGACUGGGCCUUGUACACAUAUGAGGAUGACAGCAAUGAUUUGACACUGGCAUCAUCAGGAGGGGGCGGUCUGGCAGAGAUCACACUGACCUUUGACAGCGGGAUGGUGAUGUACGGCUUCUGCAGCCUGAAGGAGCCCACCUCCGCUCUGCCACGAUACAUCCUCAUCAACUGGGUCGGGGAAGAUGUGCCAGAUGCCAGGAAGUGUGCCUGUGCCAGCCAUGUUGCGACCAUCGCUGACUUCUUCCAGGUCAGACCCACCAUGGGGGUGGAGGUCAUCGUCAAUGCCAGCAGUCUGGACGACAUCGACCCGUCAGCCAUCGGGCAGCGACUGACCAACGGCACAGUGGCGGUGGCAAGUCCGGUUUUGAGCCGUCUGAGAACUCGGGAAGAAGAACACGCAGACGUGGGCACGGUGUACGAGAAGACCAAUGCCGAGGUGGAGAUGAAGAAAAUCAAUAGAGAGGAGUUUUGGGAGCAGGCCAAGCGUGAGGAGGAGAUACGGAAGGAGGAGGAGAAGAAGAAGGCUGCAGAGGAGCGGCAGCGCUACGAGGAGGAGCGGAUGGAGCUGGAGAGGAAAGAGCAGGAGAACCGAGAGAAGAGGUACCGCGAGAGAGAAAGGCAGAUCGAGGAGCACAGGAAGAAACUGCUGGAGGAGGAAGAGGCCAGAGAGAGGUUGCGGAACCAGACCACGAUCGCAGCAGAGCCGAGCCUCGAGGACCUCAACCUGGACAAGAAGGAUUCAGAGGUGGAGGAGGCGAAGGCCAUCAUCGCUCAGCGGUCAGGAAAUCCACGAGAGUUUUUCAAGCUGAAGGAGAGAGCCAUGACCAUCAGUGUCGACGUCUCGCCCAUCUCCGUCCACAGGACCGGCCGCUUGGACAGCCCGUUCUUGAGGCAGCAGCACAGUCCCAGCAGCCCCAGUCCGACUCCCCCACCCUGGCGCACGUCGCCCCUCCGUACCCCGCCACACGCACGGACGCAGCCCGCUGCUGCAGCCGGGGACAAUGAUGACGAAGCGAGGACAGAGCGCAACAUGGCCGCCGUGUCACCCAUUCCUAAAAUAGUCACCACGCCCAUCAAAGAAGACUUCAGCAGGGAUGAGGAGGACUGCAGAGAUGAGUGGGAUUCGGUGCCAAAGCAGGAGCAGAAACCACCGGUCCAGGAGUCGACACCCACCAAGCCUGUGCAGAGUGUCGCCCCGCAGGCCCGAGACUCCUCCGACUUCUCUGUGUGGGAGUCCGGGACAGACAGCCUUGUCAACCUGUGGGACAGCAGUUCCGGUGCUCCCCCUAACCCGUCCCAGUCCUCCAAUCUGGUAGACCUGAUGGGCGAUCAUGAUAACGUCCCGCCCAGCACCGCCGCCGCCACUGGCAAGCCUCAGCCCCUCCUUAGCUUCGAUGAUAUGAUCGACGGGACCUUCUGCUCGGGCACUGCCCCAGAGGACGACCCCUCUAGUCUGGUGGACGUGACGGCCUCUGACCAGAUGACCCUCAGCUACCAGCAUGCACUGCAGCAUGCAUCCGGGGAGAGGCAGGAGCUGGAUGACGGACAGCUGCUGAUGACCAAUGGGGAGACGCUGCUGAAAGAAGGGACUCAGGCGAGCGAGGGCUAUUUCAGCCAAUCACAGGAGGAAGAAUUUGGCCAAUCAGAGGAGUCUUCAGCUAAACCUGCACCGGUCUUUUAUAACAAGCCACCAGAGAUUGACAUUACGUGCUGGGACACGGACCCCGUGGUUGACGAUGACGAUGACUAAGCGGCCAAUCAGACACCACCACCGGACCAAGAGGAAGUAGGAAGUGCGCUUCAUGAAGAAACAGAUUUUUUUCUAAAAAACAAAACACAAACAAACAAAAAAAAAGUAAUAAUAAUAACAAAUCUUGCAUCAAAACUACUUCUGUAUUAUCUUUUAGAGGACAAGAAAACAGUAGCCACCGAAAAAAAGGUUUGAGUUAUCGUUAAAGAAGGUUUGAAAGCUCAGUUAUGGGUUUUUUUUCUGUGUGUUUGUUAUUUUAUUUAUUUGUUUUUUCUUCUUCUUUUUUUUUUUUUGCUAUGCAGAUGUAAUAGCUGGGAGCGGGGGGACGUUGUUUGUGUAAAUGAUUUAUUACACAUGAACGUAGCGCGCACUGCUGCAUAUUAGAGACGAUGAAGCCCAGUGUGUGGCAGGCAGCCGACACACCUAGUCUGUAGUGCUUUAAUAACACCCUAUAAAACUAAUACAGUGGAUCAUUACAGCUGCCAUGUAUAUCUUCACUCUCUUUCUUUUCUUACCUCUUUUUCACCUCCCUCCUUCUUUCUGCCUUCCUCACAAAAUAUUCACCUCUGCAAGUCAGUUAAUCUUGUAAUUUAGUCCUCACUUUAUUGGGGAAAAAAAGGUGAAAUAUUUAAUUUAUUCUGCUGAAUCUUAACGUCUUUCACUAACAGCUGAGGGAAUCCUGACAAAGUCCAAUCUAUUCUCAAGGUAAAAAUUCUAAUUGUCGCUCCUUUUUGACCUUUUUCACUCCUUUUGUAUGAUUUUAAGACUGAAUUCAAGAUUAAAUGGCUUGUAAAUCUGGUUGCUUUUUUCAGUGCACUUUUAUUUCUCCUUUCUGCCUCCUUGUGGAUGAACUGCAGCUUCUCAAUCAGCCCUCCCCUUUCUGGUUCCAUAAAAUCCAUUGUUUCUACCCCACUUCUAUAUUUACACGAGCGUCCAAUCUAGAUGAAUAUACUGUAGAUAUUUUUCCAAGUGUUAACAGUUUUUUAGGAGAGUUUGGCUUUGUGGUAAUGAACAUGAAGCCACCUUCAGCUUGUGCACAGUAAAAAAAAUAACAAUGAAUCCUUUGUAUGAUUCUCAUUAUUCUGAAAUUUCCCAGCUGGUCCUUCAUUUAUGGACAACAGUCGGCACAGUUCCUCUUCAGAGUCAGGGAGGUUUUAAAUAAUAAUAGUUUUAAUGUUUAUUUCUAUCUGUUAAUGUCCCACUCAUUAUGGAUGAAGGAGGGAAGUUGGGAUGAAACCGUUGGAAGCAAAUUUGGGCCACACGAUGCCUACAAAUAUCACUUUGUUUCUUCUUUGUUUUAAUCUGCAUGGAGAACCAGAUGUAUUGAUGUGAUCGGGUCAAAUUUACAGUUCAAUUUAAAUUAUAGAUCCCAAAAUCCAGAAUUAGUCUAAGAGGCUUCACACAUUCUGCACAAUGUAGAGUUUAUGGAGAUCUAAGCAGCCAUGAAACACCUUUAUUGAUAUAUUAUACUAUACUAACUAUGUAAAAAUCACACCAAAAGGUUUUGUUUACCAGACAAGAAGCGUCUAACAAAAGACACUAUUGAGUUGCAUCAUGGGAAGUGUAAGAUCCAGUGUUUUUGGAGCUUGACCCAUUGGGACCAAUGGUGGACUACACACUGUCUCAAGUACUGUAUUAAGUACAAAUCUGAGUGUUUUAUUUUAUACUUCAGCUCCACUAUAUAAUCUGUCAGCUGUAGAUUCAAAAUAAAGGAUCAGUUAAUAAUAUUUCAUAUAUCAGUGCUUCACUCAUGGGAGCUAUUUUCUGCUUUUCCUUUACUUUCUGAAGUACUUUUUUUAAAUAACAUUUUCAUUGGAAACAUCUGAGUGUGGUGUUGCUGAUUUUACCUGAAGGACAAGUUCACAUUUUUAAGUCCAUCUUAAAACUAUUCUCAAAAGUUCAGCUGAAUCAAAGAUAAGCAGAUAAAUCAAGUGUUUCAAAGUCUUAAGUGUGAAUUUACAGGAUUUAAUGUUGGAACAUUCCUGCUUGAUUUAUCUAAAGCCUCAUAUUAGUUUCAUCUGACCUCUGUAAUGUAACUCAACACAGAAAAAGGACACUGGAGUUGCUUUAGGAAGAAAUAUUUUCACAGCCAACAAUAACAGCAGUCAAUAACGCUUUAAAUAAACACAUGGACCCUGUGAGUAUUGCAUUACGACAGAAUGUGAGGUGUCUGAAUCCUUCCUUCACCACCGUUAGGGACUAAAAGUUAGCAGAUUUCAGCCUCUUCUGCUCCGUCUUUGAUUUUUAUGUGUGUCUUGUAAGUUCCUAACUUUACAGAAGAAUCACCAGAACAGUAUUAAGGCCUUCUGUAAAACUUCAGCCACUGUAGGAAGGGAUGCCACCAUUGGACUUUGUUUCUCUUCUGUGAUUGUUUCCAUAUGAGGUAACCAGACCUAUAAAGCACCUAAGCAGGCUAAAGUCGACUGUAAAAAUAUCUGCAAAUUCUGCAGAGUGAAGGUCUGUUGGUGAGAAAUGAAGAGAAGCAGAGAUCCCGAGGGCCCCGAGUUGAUGAGCUGAAACUGAAGUCUAAGUAGUUGAUAUUUGGAAACUCAGACCACAUGUGCUCAGUCUCAGUAUUUUAAAAUGCAGUUACAAACAUCUGUGCAUGUGGGAUGGACAAGACAACAAAUACCAGAACAUUUUAAGCAAAGAAAAUUACAUCUGGUUCUCCACGUAGCUCAACCCCCCCACAACUAAAAGCCACUUUUAAAUACUGACCCACGUCUGCUGCCCGACUGCUUUUGUUCUGUGCCAAUGCAAAAAGCACCGUAUGUAUUUCAUUUAUUUUUUAUUGAUGUGAUAUUUAGUUGCCCUGGAAACUGGAGUGAGAGGUGGGGCGGGCUGAGGCAGGAGGUGUGUGUGUUUUUAAUACCUGUCAAAAAGUGUGCUAGAAUUGAUUUUCAGGACCUUUUUGAAUAUUAGCAACAACAGUGUUAGUCUUUUUUUGCUGUAAAUUCCUGUAGAAAAUAAAAAACUCCUAGGCAAUAAUAACACCUGUGUGUGUGUAGAGCACCUGGAUACUGUGUGUGUUCACCUGAUGGGAAGCUGCUCAGAUUAUCUGGCUCGUUCGUUCACAGACCAGCAAAUCCUGAUGUGAGACCCGGUUUGAUUUAUACCUCUGAAUCCUGAACGAUCAGGGGCGCGUCCACAUCCGACAUUCACCAAAUUAUAUCAAAUUCUGUAAAAUGAGGCUCAAUUAGUGAAUAAAUAUGCAACUCUUCAUUUUA